UCCUGGUCUGCCAGAGUGAGGGUUGGGAACAGGACUGUGAUAAACAACCCUGCCCCAUAAAUAAAGCUAUUUGUUACAGAAACUGGAAGCAUUUAUGACAGCAUAUCUAAAGUGCAGGAACACAAUCUUCUAUUUUGUUUUAGAACAUAGCAUGUAAAAACAAAACUAUUUACAUAAUUUUUAGAAGGGACAGUGAUUAUACUGGGAACAAAACAUCUAGGAAAAUAUGUGCCUUAUAAUUUCCAGCUGUGCAUGUACAAAAAAAUAAAUGCACGCUCAGCUCCAAAAGUGGGUGUACAGCAGCUAUAUUCUAAAUAUCAAGAUGAAUUGGCCGGUAAUUUUUUUGUCUAUUUGUCUAAUGAUUACUGAUACAGCUGUUUAUAUAAUAACUCAUUCUAGGAGCAACGGACACAAAGUGAACAAAAUCUUUCUACAAUUACAAAAACCCACGAGAAGAUGAAGACAGAAGUUAGAGUGUCUUCUUACUUCAAGUCAAAGUUGCGAGGUUUGUACAAAACAGCGGGUACUGAUGCAGAGACUGAAGUAGAUAUAAUAAAAAAAGCAUUGGACAAGAUAGCCAUCAUCAAAGCAGUCAGAAAUGACAGGAGGAUUGUCAGAGGUGGUAGCAGCCAGCUUGGCAAUCAGGAAACUGGAGAGCCAAGGAAGGUGAUGAGACGGGGAGUUCUCAUGACCAUGUUACAACAAGCUGCAGUUCAGUUGCCCAUGUGGAUGGGAAAAGCCUCAGAAAGUCCACCUCCUCUUUGUGGCAGCGUUCAAGCUGAAUCAAACUAUGUGGCUCAGCAAGGAGAUCAUGUUGCUGCCCGUGUCCGUACGCCUGACGGUGAAGAACAGUUGAUCUUAGCGGAAAUUGUCUCUUUCAAUCCGUCUUCAAAUAAAUAUGAUGUUGACGACAUUGACGAAGAAGCUGGAAGAAACGGAAAAGAACGUCAUCACUUGAGUCGAAGACGUGUAAUACCGCUGCCCAAGAUGAAAGCUAAUCCGGUGACGCACCCUCAAGCUCUCUUUCAAACAGAUCAGAUUGUGAUGGCGCUGUACCCACAAACCACAUGUUUUUACAAGGCGGUUAUUCAUGAACCUCCUUCAAGGCCUCAAGAUGAUUACUCGGUGUCGUUUGAGGACACUUCUUACGCUGAUGGUUUCGCUCCACCUCUCAAUGUGCCACAGCGCUAUGUCGUGGCUUCCAAAGAAACAAAGAAAAGAUAGCUCCGACAACAUCACGUGAGAGACACUCAAGGAGAUGCUUUACUCUUUAUUUUAUUAUCAGGAGAUUCUUGAACUUGUACAAGCUAUAAACCGUUUAUUUAAGAACUUAUCUCUCGAUUCGGGAUUAACCCGCUCUAACCCGGAUUAACUCUCUAUCAUCCGGUCGUCUUCUCUCCUGUAACACAACUGACAAGCAUUAGGAAGAAAGAAAUGUUUGCUCGGCAUGAAAACAAACCAGCAAUUUUUGACUUGUCAUUGUCAUAAAAACGUCAGCUAAAGGAAAUAUCCUCAACCGUACGCUUGUCAAAAGAGAUUAUUUGAAAUCAAGAAAUUAAACUAAACCAAAGCAUUUAACAAUUUAAUCUCCAGAGCUCUUACCGAUUCCUUAUUCGUUUUCAGGGCCUGGGCCUCAGUUUUGAACUCGGGUAGGGGCCAGAGUUUAUCCCAUUUUCCGAAGCAUGAAGAAACAAGGCAUCUGACCACCUCACCGUGGUGAGAUGCCAACCCAACACCAGGCUACAAGCCAAUUUUUUUCUUCCAAACUGCCCUAAGAAGUCGCUGGUACCCAUUUAUACUCCCGUGCGGAGUGCCGUGAGAGUUUCCCAAAAAUAUCACAAUUUGAAAAACGUCGACAGGACCUUGGGGUUGAGUUGUAUUCUACGUUAUUGACCAAGCUCAUGCGGUCAGGAUGGCUGGAUAUUGGCCAAGUGUUUUUUUUUUUUUCUCCUUUUUUUUUNUUUUUGCGUGUUU